UACUUGAAUUACGUCCCUUCUCUCCUUUGGUCGUCAAGCAGCUACACAUGGGUUAACUAUGGAAUAGACUUUUGCACUUUUCUGCGUUGAAGAUGUGAUGGAAUAUAUUGCACAGUUGAAUGAUAUAAAAACGUUUCUAGUGUGUAAGAAUGUCUCUACAAUCCUUGACCUGUUGGAUGGUACUUUGAAAUGAGAAAUCUGUCAAUUUAAUAAUUUGAAGCUUAAAAAUCAAGAAGAAUGUCAAACAGUAUGUUCAAGGUGUUUGUGUAUGGGACUCUCAAAAGAGGUCAGCCUAACAACAAAAUGAUGGAGGGUAUAUUUGAUGGUGAAGUUACCUACAUGGGGAGGGGUCUCACAGGAAAGGCGUAUCCUCUAGUGAUAUCGGCUGCGAAGUGGAAUUUACCCUGUAUGCUGUCUGUUGAAGGAACCGGCAAAAAAAUUCAUGGUGAAGUAUUUGAAGUGGACCAGGAGAUGCUUGGUUUUUUGGAUCUGUUUGAAGGACAUCCUGACUUUUAUAAACGUAGCCAAAUAAUAGUUCAGCUUACAGAAGACCACGAUGGCAGGAAACUUGAUCCUCCUGGUAUCCAUACCUGUUGGUGUUACUUCUUCCUCCAUUAUGACCGCUCCUAUCUAACUCUACCAUUCCUUGACAACUACAACAGCUGGGGGCCCCAUGGACAGAUGUAUGACGAGGAGUAAGAUCACUAAUUUUUUCUUUAAUUUCAUUAAAUAAAUAAAUAUUUUAUCAGCUUUU